AUGUUCCAAGAGAAACCAUCACUCGACUACCUUGGGCUGAGCGCAGAGUAUCAUCCUUCUCCAAGGACAGAUCCAAUUUCAUUUCUGACAAUAAAUAUCACAAAGUUGCCCCCACAUUUGCUGCUUCAUUACAGUACCAUUACCACUCCAAAACAACGAGCUGCCAUUCCCACUGUGAGGAACAGACGGUUGAGAUUCACCAACCAAAACCCUCCAGAACUACAGUUUAAUUCUGCGCGGAACACAUGGCCGCUGCUCUGGAAGGGGCGUGAACGCCGAGGAAUAGAAGAAGGUGCAGAGGAACGAGAUUGGGCCGAGAACAAUUUCCUGCAAGGGGCCAAGAAGCAUGUUGGGAAGUUGGCAUCCCUUCUUGGUGGUUAUGAAGAGGAGAGAGAGGCGGAGCGCAUACGGGUGCUGUACAGAGAAAAGCCUGGGGGCGAAUUUGUGGCAGAGGAAGACAGUGAAAGCGAUGAGGAAACGGAAGAAGGAGAGCAAGAAGAAGGGCAAGAGGAGGCCAAAGAAACGUUUGAACGUCUUAUUCGAGAACACUUCAUUUACGGAUUAUUGGAGGACAUGGACUACGACAGAGUUGAUUGGGAUGAUACAUUGGAUGAUGACAGGGAUGCAGAAGACAAAUGGUUUGACGAGGACUAG